AGUAAUUCACUCAACAUAAUUUCAGUAAUCUCAACAAAUGGGAAUACUCCAUAAGACCAAUAAAAUACAAAAAAAAAAAAAAAAAUUAGUAAAUUGUUGGCCUUCUGGAAGGUAUGUUCAUUUACUGUACAUGUACUAAAUUCUUGGUAGGGGCUCAUUUUGCUUUAUUUACUGCCUCAGUUCGGUGAUCAGUUUGUGGCACUGCUGAGGUGGUAUGGAAGCACAGUUUUCUUUGACAGUGGCCUUCAGCUCAUCUUCAUUGUUUGGUCUCUUGUUUCUCAUUUUCCUCUUGACAAUACCUCAUAGAUUCUCUAUGGGGUUCAGGUCUGGCAAGUUUGCUGGCCAGUCAAGCACACGUCACCAUGGUAGUUUUAGUUUUUGGCAGUGUGGGCAGGUUCCAAAUCCUGCUGGAAAAUUAAAUCAGCAUCUUCAAAAAGCUGGUCAGCAGAAGGAAGCAUGAAAUGCUCCAAAAUGUCUUGGUAAAUGGGUGCAGUGACUUUGGUUUUCAAAAAACACCCCAAUAUGCACCCCAAAUCAUCACAGACUGUGGAAACUUAACACUGGACUUCAAGCACCUUGGGCUAUGAGCUUCUCCACCCUUCCUCCAGACUCUAGGACCUUGGUAUCCAACCAAAAUACAAAACUUGCUCUCAUCUGAAAAGAAGACUUUGAACCACUUGGCAACAGUCCAGUUCUUCUUCUCCUUAGCCCAGGUAAAAUGCCUAUGACAUUGUCUGUGGUUCAGGAGUGGCUUAACAAGAGGAAUACGCCAACUGUAGUUAACUGAAAUUCUUGAAUUAAUUUUGCUUUACAAUCUCGGUUGGUUGUGCAUAUUUUUCUUCCACACUUUUUCCUUCCACUCAACUUUCUGUUAACAUGCUUGGAUACAGCACUCUGUGAACUGCCAGAUUCUUUGGCAAUGAAUGUUUGUGGCUUACUCUCAUUGUGAAGGGUGUCAAUGAUUGUCUUCUGGACAACUGUCAGAUCAGCAGUCUUCCCCAUGAUUGUGUAGCCUAGUGAACCAAACUGAGAGACUAUUUUGAAGGCUCAGGAAACCUUUGCAGGUGUUUUGAGUUGUUUAGCUGAUUGGUGUGUUACCAUAUUUUAAUUUGUAGAGAUAGUUAAUUGGUGGGUUUUUGAUAAGUGUGAGCCAAAUCACCACAAUUAAAAGAACCAAAGACUUAAACUACUUCAGUCUGUGUGCAUUGAAUUCAUUUAAUACACGAGUUUUACAAUUUAUAUUGUUAUAUAUAUGUGUGUGUGUGUAAGAGAGAGUUAGGACUAUCAAGGACUGAACAGAUAAAGUACACGAUUUCUAUGCACACUACACAUCUAUGUUUAUGUAUAAAAAUUUGUAUGUAUACACAUACACCAUUGCACUGGUAAUAUGUUACUUUUACCUCUGUUACUGACAGUGUAUUUACUGUUUGGUGACUGUAAUCAAAUUCUGAGGUUCCAGGAUGGCUGUUUGAAAACACCGUGCUCAGAUACCAUGAUACAUGAUGAAUAUGAGCAUUCAACAAACAGUUUAACUUCCUGGAAAUCGUUGCAAUGUCUACUUUGUCUCUGCAGUCCCCUGGCAAAGUAUUUGCUGGAUGAGUCCAAUCAAUCAAUCAGUAAAUAAAAAUGUACCAUGGCAGUACCGUAAUACUAGUGGAACAAAAGAACUAGUGGUCUUUUGAAAGGUUACUGAUAAUUUUGUGUCACUGGCCCGGACCUGGACCCUGAUGCUUCUGUUAGUCACAUGUCUUCUCUACUGGUCACGGAUGGCCAUGCCAAUCUGUGCUGUCACCAUGGCAAAAGAAUUUGGAUGGAGCAAGUCAGAGACUGGCAUAGUGCUGGGUGCUUUUUUCUGGGGUUAUUGUUUUACUCAGGUACUUGGUGGACAUGCAAGUGAUAGGAUAGGAGGAGAGAGAGUACUGCUGCUGUCCACCUCCUCCUGGGCCGUGAUGACGGCUAUCACUCCCCUUCUGGCCAAUAUUGGACUCCGACCUCUUGUUACCAUGACUGCAACCAGGUUUCUAUUGGGUGUGAUGCAAGGGGUUCACUACCCUUCUCUUGUCAGUAUCUGUGCUCAGCGUGUGACGGAGGGAGAGAGAGGUUUACUGAUGAGCACUCUGGCCUGUGGGUGCUACCUAGGGAUGAUGCUGGUUGGAGGUGUAGGUUCCCUGAUGCUGGACUGGUUUGGAUGGGGGAGUGUGUUUUAUGGAGCUGGUCUCCUUGGUGUUUGCUGGACGUUUUGUGUAUGGAAAUAUCUUCUGCAAGGUCCAAGUCUCUCUCUCGACUCACUGUGGAUCAGCAGUAGUUCUACAUCUGAAUCCUCUAAAGUCAAUUGGCUGAAUCUCCUUAGAGAGCCUAGUGUCUGGGCUAUGAUCAUUGCUCAUCUCUGCUUUAGUAGCACAUAUUACACACUCAUGUCAUGGCUACCAACAUUCUUCAAAGACAUGUUUCCUUAUGCCAAGGAUUGGGUGUUUAAUGUGAUCCCUUGGUUUGUAGCGCUGCCCACUUCACUGUUUGGAGGCUCGAUCUCUGAUCAUCUUGUUAGGCAAGGCUGCGGGACUGCGACUGUAAGGAAACUGAUGCAGUUCUUUGCAAUGGGAGUAGCCAGUGUGUUCAUCUUCCUUCUCUGUAAGACAGACAACUUUAUCCAUGCCGUGGCAUGUGUGUCUGUGGCUGUUGGACUGUCCACAUUUAAUAACAGCGGGGUGUCUGUGAAUGUGCAUGACCAGGCACCAUCAUGUGCAGGAGCCCUGUUUGGGGUUAUGAACACAUGUUCUGCUUUUACUGGUUUGUUGUUGGUGUACAUGUCUGGCUACAUGAUUGAGGUCACAGGUUCCUGGGUGAAUGUGUUCUCAGUCCUGGCUGCGGUGAACGUUAUUGGUGUCACCGUAUUCAUAGCGCUGGGUGAAGCAAAACGAGUUGAUCAGCCUCAGAUGAUCUCAACAUCAUGCUGAAGACAAAUACAAAAACAAAACAGAGACAUAUUGGGGUUUCCUUAUUUGUCAUUUGUAACAAAUGGAUUGAAACUCCUCAACACUUGUGUUUUAUAUGACAUUUUAGAGAGUAUAUAUUUAUUAAAUUAAAUGUGUAUUAAAAUAUUUGGCAGGGCUGGUUGAAAUGUAUGCAGUGAAACACGUUUUAUGUUUUGUAUAACAAAUAUUUAUCUAAAAUUUUAAAUAAUUUAAUCUGAAUUAUUUGAAACACUAGGACAGUUUUUUUGUCAUUCUAUUAAUAUGAUUGGAAUAAUUAAACUGUCUCCGUCUGAAGUG